GAGGAGGAGAAUAAGAAGAAGAAGAAGAAGAAGAGGGAGGAGGAGGAGAAGAAGAAGGCGGUUGUUUGAUUUCGGUUAUUGGAGAUGACGGUGACGCCGCAGAUCACGGUGAGUGACGGGAGGCUGGCGGUGCGCGGCCGCACAGUGCUGUCCGACGUGCCUGACAACGUCGCGGCGGCGCACGCUUCCGGGGCAGGGCUCGUCGACGGGGCCUUCAUCGGCGCCACCGCCGGCGAGGCCAAGAGCCACCACGUCUUCACCUUCGGAACCCUCCGGGAUUGCCGGUUCAUGUGCGUGUUCCGGUUCAAGCUGUGGUGGAUGACGCAGCGGAUGGGCAACUCCGGCCGCGAGGUCCCGCUGGAGACCCAGUUCGUUAUCAUCGAGGUCCCCGUCGCCGCCGGCAACGGCGACGGCGACAGUGGCGAGCCGGUGUACGUGGUGAUGCUACCACUGCUGGAGGGGCAGUUCCGCACGGCGCUCCAGGGCAACGACCAGGACCAGCUCCAGAUGUGCAUCGAUAGUGGGGACAAGGCGGUGCAGACUGAACAGGGGAUGAACAACGUCUACAUCCACGCUGGCACCAAUCCGUUCGACACCAUCAACCAGGCGGUCAAGGCCGUAGAGAAGCACAUGCAGACGUUCCACCACAGGGACAAGAAAAAUCUGCCGUCAUUCGUGGACUGGUUCGGCUGGUGCACCUGGGACGCAGGCUACGAAUAGCUUGUGUUUGCUUGUUCCGGUUUGAGUGUCUUGUUUGUGAAACCAACCCGCAGCUUCGAAGCAAGCGACCCCGAA